AAAAAUUUUAGUUCCCGUAGUUGCCGUAACAAUAAAACCAGAAUAUCCCAUACAUAUAUAUGUUGGAUUUCCGCUUGAAUUAAUCUGUUUUUUUCUCCCUUUCUCACACACAAACGCAACUGACACAAGCAAAGUCACCGAUUGAUUCAGGUUUUCAAGCUCUAAAUUGGGUAUACCUUGUUAAAACUUUGGUUGGUUGUAUGCACCAAUUCUAUCGCCAUAGUUGCUUCAUGACUAGGUAAUGAAGAGGUUUCGUGAUAGGGAUGUUGCUCGGAAAUGCUCUUCUAAAACUAUAAUUGAUACCACAAAUAGAUUUUCUCAAGCAUCUUCUGUUUCAGAGCCAGAAGCCAGCAGCAGUAAGUUCUCCAAGAGUUCUUUGUGGUCAGGUUUUCUUGCAUCUGCUUUCUCGGUGUUUGAAACAUAUAGUGAAUCAUCGGCCGGUGAAAAGAAGUCAGUUCAUACUAAAACUAAUGGGUGGACAGCAGCUGUAAAGAGAGUUAUAGCUGUUGGUUCAAUGAGGAAACUUCAAGAACGUGUUCUGGGGCCAAGCAAGACUGGCAUGUCUUGCUCAACUAGUAACAUAUGGCUUCUAGGUGUGUGCUACAAAAUUUCUUCUGAUGAGUCCUCUGCAGAUGCAGAAGCAGACACUGGCAAUGGAUUUGAUGCAUUCAAGCAAGAUUUUUCAUCAAGAAUACUGAUGACAUAUCGUAAAGGUUUUGAUGCUAUUGGAGACAAAAAAUUUACUAGUGAUGCUGGUUGGGGUUGCAUGCUUCGUAGUAGCCAGAUGCUAGUCGCUCAGGCCUUGCUUUUCCAUCAAUUAGGGAGAGCUUGGCGAAAACCUCUGCAGAAGCCAUAUGACCAACAAUAUAUCGAGAUCUUGCACCAGUUUGGUGAUUCUGAGGCUAUGGCCUUUUCCAUUCAUAAUCUUCUUCAAGCUGGAAAGGCUUAUGGUCUUGCUGCUGGGUCAUGGGUAGGUCCAUAUGCAAUGUGUCGUUCAUGGGAGGCUCUCUCUCGCUGUGAGAGGAAAGAGACAGACGUUGAACAGUUGUCACUCCCAAUGGCUGUAUAUGUUGUUUCUGGUGAUGCAGAUGGGGAACGAGGCGGAGCUCCAGUUGUCUGCAUUGAAGACGCUUCUAGGCAUUGUUGUGAGUUUUCAAGAGGUCAAGCUGAUUGGACACCUAUUCUUCUGUUGGUUCCUUUGGUUCUUGGACUUGACAAACUAAAUCCCAGGUAUAUUCCAUCACUGCAAGCAACAUUCACUUUUCCUCAGAGCCUUGGCAUUUUGGGUGGCAAACCUAGUGCCUCAACCUACAUUGUUGGUGUGCAAGAUGAUAAUGCUUUCUUUCUUGAUCCUCAUAAUGUUCAGUCGGUAAAGCAUAGAUCUUAUUGAUUAACUUAGCAGUAUUUUCCCAUAAUUUUGAUGGACUGAUAUCAUCUUAAUGCAUGAUCAACCGAUCAUGUUGGAAUUCAAAUUAAUUUUCAGCUUUAAAAAGGGAUCCAUGGACUUAACUUAGGAGUAUUGUUCUUAAAGCCUUUAUACUUUCCCC